AUGGGUCUCACGGAGGGCAUGUGGUGUCUCGCUGGGGGAGUCGGCCCAGUGCUAGGCGGCGUGUUUGCAAGUUUGGCAACAUGGAGAUGGUGCUACCAAGCUGACCGUGGUGAAGUCUACAUCAACCUUCCCAUCAGCGCGUUCGCAGGCUUACUCAUCGUGCUCUUCCUCGACAUCCGCCACGAACAUACUUCUUUUUCCGACGGUAUCAAGGCGAUCGACUGGUUUGGUAUCUUCACAUUCUUGGGGUUCACCUUGAUGCUUCUCCUAGGCCUAGACUUUGGUGGUGUCCUUUUCCCCUGGGAUUCUGCAAAGGUCAUCGCUCUUCUUGUGGUUGGCAGUGUCAUGAUAUUCGCCUUCAUCUACACCGAGACAAAAGCUUCGUAUCCGCUGAUCCCUAUGGCACUGUUCCGACGCCGCACUAAUGUAGCGGCUUUUUCUCUGGUAUUUUUCCAUGGAUUCGUCUUCAUCGCUGCGGAGUACUAUAUGCCCCUAUAUCUUCAAUCUGUCCUUGAAGCUUCACCGUUGCGAUCUGGUCUCCUUCUUCUUCCCUUUAUUGUCACUGGUGCGAUACUUGGAGUCUUGGCAGGCGUCUGGAUCCACCGGACUGGAGAGUUUCGUGGGAUCAUGUGGUUUGGUACAUUCCUGCUGGCGUUGGGAUUCGGCCUUUUUAUCUCCUUUGAUGCAUACACCACUACAGCAAAGGCCGUUGGAUAUCUUAUGAUAGGCGGCGCUGGAUCAGGGAUCCUCUUCGAAGCGCCGCUCAUUGCUGUGCAAAGCCAGGUGGAUCAACAAGAGGUUGCAAGCGCUACCGCAACACUAUCUUUCAUCCGAAACAUAGCCCUUUCGAUUUCCACCAUUGUUGGCGGAACUAUAUUCCAAAAUUCAAUGAGCAAUAGGGCAUCGGUUCUGCGCGCGGCUGGACUGCCACAGGAGCUACUGGAAUUGCUCAACGGUGAGAGUGCAAUGGCCAAUGUCAUGAUCCCAGGUACGCUGAGCAAUCCUGAUUGGGAGCUAGCUGCGAAGGAAGCCUUUGCUUAUGCUAUGCGCAACAUGUGGAUUUUGUACACCGUACUCGCCUUCCUCAGCUUUGUGGCGAGCCUGUUCAUCGAGGCGGCGCAUCUGGGUACAGAUCAUGUAGAAACAGUGACAGGGUUACGGAAGGAAGAGCCGAAGGUCGGCACAUGA